GGCGACAAGAAGAAUGUUGUUUACAUACAAAAAUCAUCUGGAAAAUUUGAUACAAUAAAGCACAUGCGCCUGACACGGUACACUGAACCGAAACUGAACGAUAGUGCGCACAAUCUGGUUGGCUACUCUAGGCUGCUGGUUGACAUUCCAGAGCGUAAUUUGAUGCUGUGAAAAUUUAUUAUUCGAUGCAAGCUAUAACUGUUGUACUGUGCACAUUCCUAAUAUUCUGGAAAAACUAUCAGUGGAUUGUUUAGAUAUUGACCAAUAAGAAAAGUGAAGUGAUUAGUGGGGUUUGCACUUGUUUUUUCCCCGGAAGUUUAGUGAACGGUAUGUGUGUGUGUGCACUACGUUCAUUAAUAUUGCACGAAGAAGCGCGAAACAGCGUGCGGUAAUAAGCCUUUUGUGAGUGUGUGUGUGUGUGUAGUGCAGUGGUGUAGUGCGAAAAAUCAACCAUUCUUGCCAGUGAAUUAAGUGUGAAUCGAAAAGUAGCGAGAAAAAUAGGCCACCAGAUAAAAAGUGUUGCACGGUGUGGAGUGCACUGUUGUCGUGAAUGAUCUAAGGGAAAGCUUUCCGGAUCGUCUUUCCCUAUUCGCCGCCGCCGAUGCAUUGAGACGGUGCGUUUAUUGCAUUGCACCAGUUCAUAGGCAAUCGUGUUACGUAAGAGCGAGUGGCCAUCACCUCACCCACAACACCCACGGUCGGGGUUCAUUCAGAAAGGAAAAGCGCCACGCCACGGAAUUCGGUGCAGUGUGGUAGUGGUGGUGAGAAGCUGUACGCAUUUGGUGAGCCGUGUUGAGUGAGUGAUUCUUUUCCCUCCGAUCCUCCUCCACCGUGACGUCACGUGUGGCCAUCGUCGUGUGUCCAUCGUUGAGUGAGACGGCUGUCGCUGGUACACCAGUAUGGCCACGGCUACCGGGCAUCGGAUGGAGUCGAACAGCGGGAUGGGGCCGCGAAAGACCAUGAUCAUCAUGGUGACGGUCGUCGGGUGUGUCGCCAUACUGUGGCCCAAGGUUUUCUAUCCCAUGAUGGUUGGCAAUGGGCAGAACAAGAAUGUCAUCAAGGACCAUCGAGGAGCCGGUUGUUGCGGCGUAGUGCUGGACCAGGAAACGUUCGCCAACGCGUCGAUCAACUAUGCUAGCAGCCAGCAGCAACAGGAGCAGCAGAAUCUAUUCCGCAAACGAAACUUUGCGCCUUACGUCGACAUUGACAGUAUACGACAGGAACGACCACCUCAUUUGCGGCCAGAAGCUAUGCAUCCUGCGAUGCGCGAACGUGGUCGUGCUAUUCCGCAGCCCGGCUCAAUCCACGGAGGCGAUCGUCCCCAGUCUGCGCCAAGAAUAGUGGAAGGCAGGCCCGGUCCCAUACCUGGUAUGCGCCCACCUAUGGGAGCUGGAUCACAUCAAGCAACCAAAUCAGCCAACUCAAUGGGUUUCAUAAUGCCACUCUAUACCAUCGGUAUAGUUUCAUUCUUCAUCUACACCAUCAUGAAACUAAUCUUCAAGAAGACGCCGGCCACACCGUACACAGAGGUGAAGCCAGAUCCGGUGUUCCGCAACGAACUGUUCACCACGGAGCAGUACAUCAAGCGACCGGACGACGGUACGACGAAACUAGACCAAUCACAUGCAACGGCAGCCACAAAUGGUGAGCUAGUUGUUCCGGUUAGCGUUUCGCCGGUCAGUAACGCUGUACCCGCUGCUGAACCUGCUUCUUCGGUGCAGUCUGAACUUACGAUCGACUACGAACAGCUGUCGAAGCAGAAAGAAGUUACAAAGCCCGAUGAGAACAUUGUUGCUGAGCGAAUCGCUUUGGUACAGGAAGCCGCUAGUGUGGAAACAUUCGAAGCGACCGAAACUGUGUCUGAGGAAUGUGUGGAAGAAGAUCACGACCAGCAACCACCUCACGAUCCCACUACCGAAAAGGUAGUCGAUGGAAUCGUUGUGCAAAAGGUUGUUCCGGUCGAUGCAUCUGCUGAGCCUUCUCCCCGCCCGGUUGUAGAUGAUAUUGAAACACACGAACCUAACAUUGAUAGUGCAGCUUCGAGUUCAGCAGAUGACAGUGGCGUUGACACGGUAGAUCAUCAUGACAAUGGUCAGAUUGAGAGCGAAGUUAUUGCUGAACCCGUGAUAGAGGAAGUAAUGGUAGUGCAGCAAGUGGCAGUGCAAAGCGCAGUCAUGGUUCCCAGCACGGAAGAUGAACUGAACAAGAUAGAACAAAUUGAUGAAACUGAGAUAGCUGAUGUAAAAUCUUUUGAAACAACGGAAACGAAACAAAUCGAAGCAACGAACAUGUUUGAAGUCCAGGAAAAUAUUCAGAACGAAAUCACACAAACCGAAGAAAGGGUGGAAUCUAGCGCUGAAAUUGCUAAACAAGAAGAGAUGCUGGAAAUUGCACCAGCAGUUGUAUCAAAUGAUGUUACGGAGCUGCCAAUUGCGAAACCGUUAAUUACUGAAGAAAUCGAAACACAAAUCAUUGAAGAACAUGGUGAAGAUGCGAAUAGUGUUAUACCGACAGAUCAAUCGGAACAUAAAGCUAUUGAAGUAGAUAGCGAAAUUUCUGAACGUAUUGAAUGUGAGGCGAAGAAAGUUUCAUUUGAAGUCCCACCAUCAAUUCAAGAAAACGAACAAACUGAAGUCGCGAUUGAGCAGCCUGUAGAUUCUUUGAGGGUUGAAGCUGUAUUAAACGAAGAAAUCGUAUCUGAGGAUAACAUUGGUACGAUCGAGCAAGAUGUUGCCUUGAAGGUUGAAAAUUAUCUUGGAGAAGUUGUUGCUGAACAGCAAAGUACCGAACAACUUGAAGGAAAUGAAAAUGACACGGCUCUAGACACUGAAACAUCUGUUUUGGUUCAUAAAACUGUCGAAGAGAUUACACUCACCGCCGAACAACUUGUGCAGGAAGUGCUUGAACAAGCAGAGGAGCUUGCUAAACAGCAAGACGCUGAGUUCCCUGAGUUGCCAGAGUACGAUCCUGCUACUCAGAAACUCGUUGACGGUAUUGUGGUUGAAAGAUUCGAUCAGUUAGCAGCGACAUCAAACCUUGCUACUGAUCCGACAGUACCCCAGGAUACCGUAACCGAAGAAAAACAAACUGCUAUCCAAGAACAGCCCGUAGAUGAGCUAGAGCUUACAGGCUCCAUUGAACAGACGGUGAACGAGGAGGACGCUGGUGAAAUGGAUUCGAUCAGUGAAGACACAUCACUAAGUGUAGCAUCGGUAAUCGAGACACAACCAAAGAUGAACGAAUCGGAAGAAUCCAAUACCGCCUUGAAUGUGCUGAAAACUGCGGACGAGAUGACCGAUAGUACAUCUAGUGAGGUAGCAAUUGUUGAAUCUAAGGAACCGACCGUGAGUCAGGCGACGGUUGAAACGGUAGCCGCAUUCGUGGAGCAAGUUGAUGUAAACGAGCCGGGAAACAAGUUUGGUGCAGCUGUAGUUGACAGUGUUGAAAGUAAUGCUGUCAUUGAAGAGCAGCUGAUAGCGAUGGAUACAGAACAGCAAGCCACACUACCGGAAGCCCUCUUUACGACGGAAGUGAUGACUGAUAGCUCUUCUAGUGAACCCGUAUUUGUUGAACUUAACGAUCAGCCGACGGUUGAAGUAGAAACUGUGUUUGAAGGAUCGGACAAGGUCGAUGAAGCGGGAAACCUAUCUGGUGUAGCUGCAGCUGAUAGCAACGAUAACAAGAGUGUUUCGAUUGAAGAAGUACUUGACGAAGCGGCCAUAGUCGAUGAGGUAGAGGGCAAGGUAAUUGAGGAACAUAUCAUACCCAUAAGCAUUGAAAAGGCUAGCACGUCUGAUUCGAUGACCAUUACUGAGGUCACCAGUGACGAUGCGAUAGUUGAGUCGCCAAACAUUUCCAAGACGACAAGCAAUAUGCCUAGUCCUUUGAUUACAGCCAUCCCAGUGAUGGAUACCAUAGAUGAAAAGCACGAAUCCACUGAAUUAGCGCACGAACCGCUGGCUGAACAGGAGAAGCACUCUGAAAUUUCACUCACAACGCUAGAGCACGUCACUAAGGAAGCUUUGGUUGAACGCACGCUAAAUGAAGCCGCUGCUGUAGUGAACGAGAUCGAAUCGAUCGUAGAUCAUAUCAUUACCGAAAAGCUCAUCCACAGUGGGGCAUCUGAUGCGAUAGCUAUUACGAAUGGUGUACAAGAAUCAUCCCCUCAAGAACCCCCCAGAUUGGCCGCUUCCGCUGCACUGGUUGUUGAGGCGAUCGAAUCACAGUCAUCCGGUGUGCACAGCAUGGUUUCUAAUACAGACAGCACCCAGAACAUGCAGACCAUUACCGUCACUAAUGAGCUUUCCACUAACCUGGACGAAACGAUUGGCAAUACUAAUCUACCUGCUAGCGAUUCCCUGCCAAUUGUUUCAUCAUCAAUUGCACCCGCAUCAACACCAUCAUCUGAAGCAUUUCCCGUUCCCGAACCAACGACGUUGAGUCCUUCCGUAGCCGUGCCGAACGGUGUCAGUGAGACACAAAGUAUCAAUUUUGUCGCAGAUGAGCAGCGAACCGAAGUUACCGCUGGUCAGGGUUCAACCGAUACCGAUGCCAGUGAUGCACAAGGCACUACGAGCACCGUCGAGCAGAGCGUCGCAGUCCCGGAGCCGGAGAGCGGAUCUACUACUACCACUACAACUACUACAAUUGGCCAAGUACCGACCAGUGUCAGCAACGUUACUAAUCCCAAAUUUCUCACCUUGAAUCUAGCUAACUAUAGCACUAGCGUCAGUAGUGGUAACAAUAGCAAAAGCUCGUCCUUGUCGAUAGCUAAUCUCUCACAAUCGGGACCUUCGUUGGCUGGCGGCGAUAGUGCCGACCAGCUGAUGGAACUCGAACUGUUGCGUAAGAAAUUGGACGAAACGGAACGCGCUAUGACUAAAAUAAUCGCCAAUAUGGGCAACAUACCCAAGGGCCAGGAAACAAACGUAAACGGGGAUGAGCCCGCAACUGAAGAAAAAGAAACAACCUCGGAAGUGAAUGCUACUGAAGAUAAGGUAUCGAAUGGGCAUGCGAUCAAGCCAGCGGAAAAUGCUGCCGAAACUACAUCCGCAGUACAGGACACGUCGGGUGGCGAAACAUCCAGCGCCACCAGUACACCGGAAAAGAAACCGAAAAAACGAGACACCAGUACCGAGCGCGGCACUGUUAAGGUUAUGGCGAUGGAGGUGACGGCACAGCGCGAAAAUGGCAAGCGUCUUAGCCGACCAUCAACGCCACUGCUGCCGAUGAGUGGACAUUCGGAUACGGCAAACGCACCGACAGAAGAACAGGAGACAAGAUCGAUCGUUCUCGAUGGCCGGUUACCGCACGAUUCAAAGAUUUUGGUGUCGGAUGCUGAAACAGCGGUGGAAAAAAUGGAACCGGAAAACUCCGAGGAAGAGGACGAUGCACCGGUGAUAUUGAGUGGCAAAAUGACGCUGUCGUUGAUCAACAUGGAUUUCAUCGAAAAGGAUGCAACCGGUAGUGUUGCAGUCGGUGAAAUUGUGACGGAACUACACAAACCUCAAGAAGAUCUUGCGACAGCUGUCUCUAAGGAAAGCGAAUAGGCAAGCAGAGCGUCUUGCUUCGGCAAAACCAAUUAUUAAACAAACCGAAGGCGUACUGUUUCGUUCGAGAAACUGCAAAAGUAUAACGUGUAUAAUGCAUAAGUAUAUUUUUCUAUCGCCGUAAAACCAUAACUCCAUCACUGUUUGACGGACAGGGAUUGCGUGUAAACGAAGAAGUGAGCCCGAGUCAAUAAAUUUACCUUUAAAUAGCACACUUUUUUAGCCAUUUUCGUUGAGAGCUUUUCGCUCAAUGUUGCUCAAGAAUGUUUGAAUUCUAACACGAAGUGAAAGACUUUACCGAUGCCAAAAUUAAAGAAAACGAUAACGAGAUGAAACGAUGCUCAACUGCACGUAAACUGUUGUAAUUGACGGUAAAUGUGUUUAUGGAAUAACAGACAGGUACUGUACGCCCACUGUAGGUAUCGCUAAGAAACCAACAGCAGCUUCAGAAAAGGUUUUACCGAUUAGCGUCGAAGUCGCUGAUGAGUUUGUCUGGCAGGUAUUCAGUUAUUUGUUAGGCUAUGUUACGUCUCGUUUUGCAGACGACGCUCAUACAUACUUUGCAUAGAGAUUACACAAUAAGGAACGGCACAUAGUUUCCAACGUUCACGUUUAUGUUUGUUAUCUUGCUUUGGUUAUCCAUCGACACUUUUUCAAAACGAUAGUUUUCAAAUCUCAAUGUACGACUGAGAGGAAUAGAGUCAGGCCGACCAUAUUUAUUGAUCGCAUAGUUUAGUUUAUCCAUAAUCAUCAUUCAACCUCAUAAAGAUAGCACAAAUAGAGGGUAGUACUGUAGAGCAUUAUCAAGCUAACCAAAAGCAUUAUACUAUUUUUCUAUUUGGUUCUGUUACAAUAAAUGAACUAUGAACGAG